AUGGAUCAGGGCGUGAUUUGGUCUUUCAAAUGUUCGUUUCAGAAACAUUUACUGGAAUAUGUAUUGUCUUUGAUCGAAGAUGAACAACUUAUCAUGGAGGCCGAGGUGAAUAUUCUCAUGAUCAUGCAUCUGAUCAAGAAAGCUUGGGCGUCUGUGCACCCGCUCGUACUGAUUAACGCUUUCAUGAAAGCUGGGUUCAAAUCCACAUUGAUUCAGUCGGUGAUGCAGCCACCAGAGGAUAAAUUCGAUUUGAUCGAGGACUUUACUCCUUAUGUGACCGUUUUUUUUGAAGAAGAAAUCGUCUGUUUGGAAUUUGAAAAUGAAGAAGUGCGUUAUUUAAAAUGUUUGUAUCAAGUCUCUUCUUUAGUCAUUAGAUGA